AUUUUGUGGGGUGCUGUUGUGAAGGAGUGUUAUAUUUAUCAAGAAAAAUUGGUAUUGAUAAAUAGAAAUUCCUAAAAAAAAUCGUUGGUGAAAGCUAUGGUGAAACCUCAAUCUAAAUCUUCUCGAAGGAGACGUUCGAAAAAAUUAAAGACGAAUGAGAAGGUGAUGAUGGUAGAACAUAAGGAAAUAUCCUUGCCGUCAACAUUGACAUCAACUUGCAAAGACUUCGUUGUGGAAACCAUAGAACCAUCCAAAAAUACAUUGGAUGCACCAAUGGCGGUUGACGAGAUUUCUGAAGAUUGGGAAAUUAUUGCUGCUUCCUCCAAUAUGCCUUCUAAAAAAGAAUACCCUCCAGUGAAUUCUUCAUUACCCAGCUUGACCGAGGAUAUGUUCAUCAUCGAAGCGCCAUCGUUUAUCGUAAAUUACAUUUACGAAAAACCACCGUUGAAAAGCUUUGCAGGACAAAUGAACGAGAAAAAACAGAAAAUCGACGGAGAUGCUAAAAAGAAUGAGGAGAAAGCCGAUGUUAAUGAUUGCGGCAACGUAAAGUUGAAGAUGAAGGGAGUGGACAAUAAGCCGCGUAAAAAAGGGGCCAAAACUGAUUCGAAGCACGUUACGGAUGCCAACAAUGCUUCUUAUUUCGAUCGUCCUUCAGCAAAGUUUUUUAUGGAUAUAGGUCUUGAUCUGGUGCAAGAAUAUGUACAAAACGACGUAUUGUCACAACAGAAACGAGGAUCGAUUCCGGAAACAGUUCAAAUGGGAACUUCUCUCAACAAUACUUCGGCUAUUAACAAAGAGAAAAAAACGCUGGUUAAAAAACGCUUGAAAAAAUGCAAAAGUUGCAAUUUCAAGACUGAUUCGUCUCUAGUGAUGUCUCAACAUUUGGAAAUGCCGCACUUAAAAAAUUUUUUAUAUUAUUGUAAUUUUUGCCCUUAUAAAGUGAAAAAAUCCAGAAAUAUCUUAAAGCACAUUAAACUCGUGCACGGAAUCCAGGGUCGUAUAGAGAAAAUUCCUAAGCCGUUCCAAUGCUCAAACUGCCCAUACGAAAGUUACAAAAAAGGGAGGAUGAAGUCCCACUUAGUGAACUGUAUGAAAACCUUCAAACUAGAACAGAAUUUAGCGCCACCAAUCGAUUGGAGCCCACCAGCAACAGAGGGUUUGUUGGCAUUGAAAGUAUCAACCUUUGAUCAAUAUCUGAACCUGUCUAAGAUUGAGAAAUCUGCUAUGGAAAUACCAUUGAAGAAUGCUCAAAACGCCGUUAACAGAUUCGAGGGCCCAUCUACUUCGGGUGCGAAUGUCAAUGGCCAGCCGAAAAAUAAGACAUCAAUUGUGACGCGCCAGAAUCAAUCUUUGAAAAAUAGAACGAGAAAACUCACUGAAGAAUCUAUCGAUUUGAUCCUCACUGCUUCAAAAAGCGCAAAACCGGUUGACAUCAUCUCCGAUCCUACGUCUGUAGUUUGCGAAAUUUGCAGUGGAUAUCUGAAGAAUUUCGAGCUGCUCAAAUACCAUUUAGAAUGGAUCCACAAGAUUAAAAUCCAUCCAAAAAUAAACCACAAAAAGCCGCCUUUGAAAUGCCAGGUAUGUAAUUUUGGCCUCCUUAGCGAGCAAGGCUUAGGAAGACAUUUAUUAGGAUUGCACGGUCUAGUUACGCCCAAAUUGCAGCAGGCAGCCAUGAAGAAUGAAGAUUCAGGAAUUUGUAUCAUUUGCGGACUGGAAUAUGGAUGCAAUAUUUUAAAACACGUAUCCAUGGAUCACAAUAAGACGCUAAAGCAAAUAGAUCUUUUUUACCAAUGUUUAGUGUGUACUGUGAAGUUUGAAAUGUACCAGCAAUUCGAGAAUCACGUCUAUUCAAUCCACACUGCUAUCAAAGAAGAGUGAGGCUUUCGAAGUUCAAGGAAAUGUUAAAAGUAGUCAAUAAGUCGUGUUCGUCAAAGUGUUUUUUCUUAUCAUAAUCUAUUUUUUUGUAUUUGUCAAAUAUGUGCGUUCAAUAAAGUUUUGCAUUAGA